AUGCCUCUUGGGAUACACAAUCCCUUGCCCUCGUCUCUGGGAAGCGAAUGCAAGAAGGCUGGUAAAAUCGUUGCUUCCUUCGUCGACCCGCGACAGGCAUUUGGUCCUGAUAAAGUUAUUCCUCCCGAGAUUCUGGCCGGAGCGAAGGGUCUGGCUGUGCUCACUGUCCUGAAAGCCGGUUUCCUGGGCUCCGCUCGUUUUGGAUCGGGAAUUGUCGUUGCUCGUUUGGCCGAUGGCUCGUGGUCCGCUCCGUCAGCGAUCGCAACCGCGGGUGCCGGGUUCGGUGGUCAAAUCGGGUUCGAACUGACCGACUUCGUCUUCAUUCUCAACGAUGCCGCCGCUGUCCGAACCUUUUCGCAGGUGGGAACCCUGACUCUGGGUGGUAACGUUUCGAUUGCUGCGGGGCCGGUAGGACGGAAUGCCGAGGCUGCAGGUGCAGCAAGCACGAAGGGUGUGGCUGCGGUCUUUUCGUACUCGAAGACCAAGGGACUUUUCGCCGGUGUCAGUUUGGAGGGAAGCAUGCUGGUGGAACGUAAGGAUGCGAACGAGAAGCUCUACAACAGCCGCGUGUCAGCCCGCCAGCUGCUCAGUGGAACAAUCCGGCCACCCCCGGCCGCCGACCCUCUCCUUAGCGUCCUGAACUCGCGCGCCUUCUACGGGAACUCCAGGACGCAGGGUGACGCCAUGUACAAUGACAUCCCCAUCUACGACGACAGACAUGACGACGUGGUGUGGGAAGGACGGCGCGGAGAUGCGUACGGAGAGGGUGCUCGGCGGAAUACUCGCUCCGGCCUCAACAGCGGUGCCGACGAGUACGAGUACCGGGACCGACCCCGUCGCGCAAACACAUGGGCUGACGAUGUGUACGACCGGCCUGCGGGAGGCCUCGGCCGCUCCGCGACCACCCGACAAACCCGUAAUGAUUAUGGUCGCGACGACUCCUUCGAUACAUUCGGUCGCAAUCGCAGCAACACCGCCCCUUUCGCCGAGGAUGACUACGUUUACUCCGAUCGCAAGCCUAGCCGGCCUACGGCGCCCAAACCGGUCUUCGGGCAACGAACGGGACAGGGAGCCGCUCUGCGACAAGACCAGGCCGUUGCCCUGUUCACGUUCGAUGCGGACCAGGACGGAGACCUUGGUUUCAAGAAGGGGGACGUUAUCACUAUCCUGAAGAGAACCGACAAGAAAGAAGACUGGUGGACGGGGCGCAUUGGGGACCGGGUCGGCAUCUUUCCCAGCAACUAUGUCGAGACGGCUUAA